AUGCAGGACGCUGAAGAGGAUGACAUGGCGUGUGGAGACUUGGGGAAUGGACUUGGGAGAAGACCUGGAGGCGUCUAUGAAGUGGAAGAUUUACAAAACUCCUAUCCAUUUAGACCUAGGAAAGGGUCUGCAAAGGUUUGCAGCUCUCCCUUGUCAACAAAGAGAGGAGAAGAAAAUGAUACCGCAGUUUCUCCCGGUUCAAAACAAAACGGUUCUUAUGAUGGAUUGUCCAAAAAGCUUGGAGUUGUACUCGCUAGUUCGAGCCAACAAAAUAGUUGUGUGUCUGAUUCUGAAGUUUCAAAUGAAGAACUCCAGCAACAACUUCAAGAAGCUCUAGAGGAAGUUGAAAUUUUAAAAGUUGAGCUUGAAGCUUCUCAAAGACAGCUUGAAGGAAAAGAUGAAGCCCUAAGAAUUUUACAGAACAUGGCAGUAUUUAACAAAGCCACUAGUCAUACAAAAGCAAUGCUUCAAAAAACUGAGGAAGAAAAGAGAGCUUUAGAAAAGGAAAUAAAUACUUUGCAAUGGGAAAUUGAGUUUGACCAGGAUAGAUUUAAAAACAUAGAAGAGACCUGGAGAGAAAAAUAUGACAGGCUAUAUUGUGAAAAUGCAGCUCUUAGGGAAACAUUGAAACUGAGAACAGAAGAAGUUAAAACUCUUCAAUCUGAAAAUGCAAUUUUGAAUCAGCAGUGCUUGGAGUUUCUUGCAAUGCUUGAUGUGAAACAACAGAAGAUGAUUCAGGAAAAUAUGUCCUGGAAUAAAAGUGACCUUACAGAUGUUACAGGUCUUGAACUGGCAGUUCUUGGAGCCUGCACCUGCAGUGCUUCUGGAGGGCAACCUUGUUCCUGUGCUAAAAUGUCAGCUGUAACUCGAAAACAACUUCUUCAGCUCAAGCAAGAGAUGGAACUUCUCAAGAAGAGUAAAGAUGAAGCUUUUAUGAUGGCAGAUGCCUUCAGAAUUGCAUUUGAGCAGCAGCUAAUGCAGAGGAAGGACCAGGCCCUGAGGCUUGCGGAAAUGAAUAAAAUUAAAAAGGAAACAAAAUUUAUAAGCUGGAGACAUCUGAAGGAGGAUGGAUGUGUCAAGUUGCAAGGAAACAAGAAAAGUUUGGGACAAAAAUUAUCAGGCCUGCUGUCUUCAGGAGUGGACUGCAGGAAAGUUGAAGAGCUAGACAAUACUCACGAAAUCCUUAAGAUGUUAAUUGAUUUGCUAAAUGACAAAGAAGAGGCUUUGGCUCAUCAGAGAAAGGUUAGUUACAUGCUAGCUCGUGCAAUGGAGAUGAAAGAGGAUGCUUCAGAACAAAAUACAGAGAACACCACUCUGAGGAAUCGUCAAUAUAAAGCCCUGCAGUCUCAAGGGUCAACUGAUCUUGUAUACACAUGCCGCCAAAACCUUGGUUCUCAAAACAAUAUUUGUCCUAUUUCCCAUACAGAAACAUUUGACAAUUCAGUAAAAAUGCUUACAAAAUCACAUUCUUGGCCAUCAGAGACUAAGCACUACGAAGAAAAUGAUUCACAUGGAAAAACAGAUGAAACUGUUGUGAUCUCAAUAUAGACAUCAGCUGGGAUAAAUUUUUUUUUUUUAAAAAAAAAGAUUAUUUGGAAAUGUCUAAAAACAAAGAAGCCUGCAGAAAUUGAGCUCUCUUUUUAUAAAACUUGGAAUUAAAUGCUAAUCAGCACCUAAUUUUGAUUAGCAUCUACUAAGAA